AUGGCACAAAACAACUUCGCGCCCUCUCCACACAAUUGUGUAUUCUGUAACUUCAACAACACAUCGUAUGCGACAACUUGCGAAGCCUGCAGAGCAGUCACAAUACCGACGAAAGACCAGCAGCAGCAGCCUCUCCACUGGGAGAUCUACGCCUUCGGCCCUAUACGGCCACCAGUCAUUGAGGCAGCCGCGAUCGAUCAUUCGGGCAGCACUCUCUCGGCAGUGCUUAGUCGAUCCUCCAGAUCUGCUAUCUACGUCGGAGAUGCUGAGCUACGAGUCCUUCUUGUCCGCGUUCCCGGUAAAGCCAUCCGCUUUUCGGUCUGGAGGCGUCGCAGCAUGGAUGAGACAGAAAGACCUGUGGAAACCCUUACAUGGGGCAGUGACACACAGCAGAGGUUUGACAAUGCAGUGGAACAAAUUCUAGGUCCUGGAAACACGUUCUUUGGCAAAAGACAGACGUGGAGGGAGAAAUCGUCUGAUGCGCAUCUUAUCGAAGAUGAGAAGUGGACUUCUCGCACACGUCUAGGGAGAAGACAGAAGGGCGGGGCUGGGGGUCAGUUAGGCAUCGCUAUGCGGAACCAGCAAUAG